CAGGAUUUGAAUAAAAACAGUUCACACAGAAACCUUUGUUUCAGUUUGAUGCCUGUGCUGAAAAAUGUGCACUUCUGCUUUGUGGCUCGUGUGUGCUAGCUUGCUGUUCAGCAUCUCUCUAAGCUGCUAUCAGUGCUUUGUUGACGUGCAAGACAGUCUUCGUCUGUGUUGGGGUCACAUUUUGACGGAGUACAACAUUAGAAAUGUUGAUGCCUGCUUCAGAAAGCUGGACCGCAUUUUCAACAACAACGAGCGAGUAAUUGAGGCUGGCAGAGUAGGUGAAGGCUAUGACAAACAGCUGAAAGAAAUUCUGAAUGCGGAGAUGCUUCCCAUGGUUGAAGAGUUUGACAAGAAGCUGAACAAAGACACAGUGUAUGAGGAAAGGUUGCAGACAGCAGCAGACAAUUUCAUCGCAGCUGCCUCCAAACUGCCUAGAGUGUCUGGAUGUUUCCCUCCAUGUGGCUUCCAGAGUGCAGGUGCAGAAUACAACUGUAUUACCUGCAGUUAUGACUCCUGUGAAUUCCCUCUCGACUGUCCAAUUAAAGAAAUUGAAGUAACAGAGAACAGCAGGAGCAGAAUGCAGUGCGAUGUGCCAUUUCAUUUACCAAAUGAUAUCGAGGUGAUCUGGAGGUUCGCAGAAGAGGUGAAAACUCAACAAGUGGAUCAGUUUAAAGAAAUGACUGCAGGGGUGGACAAGCUCUAUUCCAUCCCUUCCACCAGCUUGCAACAUCAGGGCACCUACCAGUGUGAGAUCUACUCGGGCCAACGCUCUAUUGUCAGACUGUACUACUAUCUCACAGUGACCCCCCAGGUUGUGGCAGGCCACACAGAGCUGCAGGAGAUAUUCGACCUGUCUCUCCUCCCAGGAGGGCGGUUACUCCCUGUGCCGAGUGAUCCUUCCCCCUCCCUCCUCCCCCCCUCCUCACUGCUUCUCACCGCCUGUUUAACUGCUACACUUCUGCUGCUCUUCCUCUCCCUGGGGGCUCUGUUUUGGUCAUCAACCCCAGAACAAACAAGUCUUCACGCAGAUGGAGAUGAAGAUUUAGAAUUAUGAGAGAUGGGAAGACACUUGUAGUGCAAUAAAGAGCUUUUCAUCAGUCCUCUGGUUUCCUAUACAGUG